GGUUUGACACCGCUUUAAACUGCCAUUGCUGCUGUAGAAAUCCUGGGGUUUGUAGUUCAUUGUGGCACCAGAGCCCACUGGUAAAGAAGGCUAAAACGCCUCACAAAAAAGACUACACAUCCCAGAGUUCCCUAGCAUUGAGCCAUGGCAGUUAAAGCGGUGUCAAAAUGGAUUAUUUCUGCAGUGUGGAUGACAUGAACCCCCCAUUGUGGAUCCUAAUGGUACAUUCCAUUGUCUCCCCCCCUUUUUCCCCAGAAUGGUUUGUUCCGAAUCCUUUCUCGCACAAUUCCCUUUUUAUUCUUGGACUGUUCCAUAAGUGUAAACUUCGACAGCUUCACUUUCUCUCUCCCUCCCCCCAUUAAUCAUUCGAUUGGUACAUUCCUCCUGAUUGGCGGUGGACGCGGAGCCCUUGCUCUAAUUCUGGAAAGGCCGCUGCGCCAAAGGAAGAGCGGCCGUCGUGAAAGCCGGUGCCGAGGUGGCUGCGCUACCUCCGUAGAGUCCGCAGCCCCAACAUGGCGGCCGGGGAGCGAGUACGUAAACGGCGUAAGGAAGCGCUACGCUGUCUCCGUAGAGCCGGCGGCGCCAUCAUGGCGGCUAGAGAUAUUUACGGAAAUGGCGUAAGGCAGAGGCCGGCUUCUCCUCGUUCGUAAUGGCGGCGCGUUUCGAUUCUGAAGGAGGCCCCCGGAGCGUUUGCUGAGGAAGCCUUGCCUCUCGCGGAGAUUGUGAACGCUAACGUUUGAAGAUGGCGAUUAUGGAAAAGCAGUUCUCUGGAAAGCAUUGAGAGAAGCACCACAUAAAUCGGUCUCACACCCUGCAUCCUUAGCAUUGGCUUCUGAAUGUGAAAAUGUGGCACAAAUCAGUAUGCGUGGCCCUACUGGCCCUGGCAACAGGUUACGUCUUCUUGCUAGACCCUGAACUACCUGACUCAGUACUGGAGUAUUUCUCAGGCUUCUUCUUGUGCCACCUCCGGGAUGAACUUCCAUCCCCAGAGAGCAGCAUGGCCGCUGCCUGGGAUGCGCUUAUCACCAGACCAGCCAAACAGUGGAAUCGAGUUGCUGUCGGUGUCAAUGCCUGUGUUGAUGUGGUUCUUUCUGGCGUGAAGUUGCUGCAGGCCCUUGGCCUAGAUUCUGGGAUUGGCCAAGACCAUUCUGUCUUGCAUUCCACAGCAGAUUUGAAGGAAGCCUUCAUCUACUUCAUGAGGAAUGGAGCUGCUGCAGAACGCUUCUUCAGUGACUCUGAUUCCUUCCACCAGAUUGCACAGACUGCUUCCAAAUAUCCGGGAGCACAGUUGUAUGUGGGAGGAAAUGCUGCCCUCAUUGGCCAAAAACUUGCGACUAAUCCUGACCUGAAGGUUCUGUUGUGUGGCCCAAUUGGUCCUAAACUCCAUGAGCUACUUGAUGAAAAUGUAAUUGUCCCUCCAGAAUCAAUGCAAGAAAUUGAUGAAUUUCAUCUUAUUUUGGAAUAUCAAGCAGGUGAAGAGUGGGGAAAAGUGAGAGCCCCAAAUGCCAAUCGCUUCAUCUUCUCUCAUGAUCUCUCCAAUGGGGCCAUGAACAUGCUUGAAGUAUUUGUCUCCAGUUUAGAAGAGUUCCAUCCAGACCUGGUGGUGCUCUCUGGCCUGCAUAUGAUGGAGGGACAAACCAAGGAGAUACGUCAGAGGAGACUCCUAGAGGCUGUAGCUUCCAUCUCUGACAUUCCUUCUGAUGUCCCUGUACAUCUGGAACUGGCCAGUAUGACUGACCCAGAUCUCAUGAGUGAGAUCAUACAUCAGCAGGUCUUUCCUCUUGUGGACUCCAUUGGGUUGAAUGAACAGGAGCUGCUCUUCCUCACUCAAGCAGCCUCUGGGCCACAUGCCUCAGUAGCCUCCUGGAAUGGCAUCCCAGAUGUGGGUGUUGUCAGUGACAUCCUCUUCUGGAUCUUGAAGGAACAUGGACGGACUGCACGGAAGGCAUCAGAUCUUACUCGGAUCCACUUUCACACCUUGGCCUAUCACAUCCUGGCUACGGUAGAUGGAUAUUGGGCCAACCAGGUGGCAGCUGUUGCUGCUGGUGCAAGAGCUGCAGGGAUGCAAGCUUGCGCCACCCAAACAAUAGAUGCCAGCAGAGUCUUUCUUAAGGCACCACUGGAGUUUGACACUUCGAAGAUGGAGGAGGCCUCUAGAGUCUCCUUAAAUCCUGGUGAGCCAGUGUCAGAAUGGCACAGAGAUGGGAUUACAUUUCAUUACACUCCUGUUCUGGUGUGCAAAGAUCCUCUGCGGACUGUUGGCCUUGGUGAUGCCAUUUCUGCUGAAGGACUACUUUAUUCAGAGGUCUUCCCUCAUUAACCUAUGAAGAUAAGUUACCUCUCUGCAAACAUUAGAACUAUGCAGGCAUGGACUGGAAGUUAGCGUUGAAUACAGGGAACCAAAGAAUAAAAGCUAGGCACAGAGCAGUUGCUGGGGGCUGGUGCAGGGAUGUGUAUAAAUGAGUGAUAAGAUGUGCUGUUGAAUAGAGGGACCACCUUUAACUUAUAGCGAUAACUUCAACCAAAGCAUUUUUUGCUUUAAGAAAAGAAGUCUUAGUUGCAGUGACUUCAGAAGCUGGACAUUAGAAGGAGACUCUCAGCCUAGUUAUUCCAGAAAGGAUAUGUUGAGUCUUCACACCGUCUUAUUUAUGGGAAGGGAAAAGUAAAAAUUAUUGUGUAACUUUUGCAUCAUAUUCCUAAUCCAGCAAGAGUCAACCUUUUAUUUUAAUUUAAAUUAGGUGGAAAACAUGCAGACUUUGUUAUUGGACUCUCAGCAUCCCACACAUCCCACACCAGCUGUGCAAGCUAGGUCUGCUGGGAUUUACAGUCCAAUAUCUGGAGGACUGCAUGGUUCGCCUCUUGUUGUGUGACUUCAAAUAGUUUAUGAUUAUGUCCCCUAAGGCAAACCUGUCACAUAGUUUUCUAGGUGAGAUUUGUUGAGAGGAGGCUUGCCAUUGCCUUCCUCCGAAGCUGAGAGAGUGUUUCUUCCCUAAGGUGACUCAGAGGGUUUCUCUUACUGAGUAGUGAUGUGAACCUUGGCCUCCCGGUGUCCUAUUCUAACACUCAAACCACUGCACCUCGCUGGCUAUGUUAAAUAAUUUCAAGUAUGCAAUAUUUUUAAAAUGUCAGGUUUGUUUAUCUGUAUGGUGGCUCUUGGAUUGGUCAUCUGUGAACUGCCAAAGGCAUCAAUUGGAACUUGCUUCUUGGAGUGUCUUCCAUUGAUUUGAGUGCAUCAGCCAAAACUCUUUUAUUUCCAUUUUGCUUUUUUCUUCUAUUGUUCUCUUCCCUAUUCAGAUACAGCAAACUAUCACAAAAUGAAUAAACAGAAAAACACAAAAAAGAACAUCUAGUUUGACCCUUGCUGCAGCUUUUGAGAGAGUUAUUCCCUAUAUACCUGAUUGGUAUAUGUGUUUGUUAGACCCAGUUGUUGGCUGUUAUGGCGGAGACGUUUUUAUUUCAGAAUUAGAAUUGACAUGUAAGUCUUAGAAUAAGGUCUGUUCAAGCAUAUUGGUGUCCCCCUCUGCCUUGGUAAACCCUUUUUAAUGAAGGUUUGGGGCACGUGUUUUAUGUCUCCACCGAAAAGUAAGCAACACAUAAUGCUGCUGCUUGGACCGCUUUCUAUUAUCCAUUUAUCAAAUUCCCUUCUAGUGCUACAAUGAUUGUUUGGCCACCCGUCUUGAAUUCCAGAUAUUUUAUGGUGUUGGCAACAGCAAGAACUUGUGACUGAGAUGUGAGAGGAGAGAAGGAAAUAAGAGAUUCCAAACUACCUCUUUACAUUAUAAUUCUAUAACCAUGAAAAAAAAAAACCUAGUUAAUCCAAAUGGCCUAAGUAUCAACAAAAACCAUUUGGAUAAAGAAGAAAAAUAAUCCAUGUAUUGUUUGAGAGUUGUUUAUCUAGACAUUGUUUUAAUUCUGUGGUAUUCCCCUGCAGAGUUCUUAGAACUAAAUGAAAGAGUUUUUCUUUCACUUGGAAUCAACUGGUCCCAGGCCUUGAAUCAAGUAGUUUGUAAACUUGGGGUGCAGAACUGCUGCAGUUAGUUUUGUCUUUGUUGAGGAAUAACCAUGUUUAAAGGCAGGUCUGGAAUCAUUUUUGAGUCGCAAGGGGGAACAUGGGACAUCCAGUCCAAUCCCCGAAUACACAGCUAAAGCACUCCUGAAAAAUGCCCAUCCAGCUUCUGUUUAAAGACGUCCAAAGAAGGAGAGUCUGUUCCACUAACAGUUCGUAUAGUAAAGAAGCUUUUAACCAUAGCUGUAACCAUGGCAGGUCCAUAUCUGUGAAUAUGUACAGCUGCAAAAGAGAGAUGGGGUAGCAGUUUGAAGUAGAGAUGUAAGAAGGGUGUGUGCUUUCAUGUGUGCAUUAAGCACUUCUUUCAUUAACUUUGUAUUCCCCAAACCUUCUGUCCCUCAUUAUUUUUCUCUUAGGCACUUCUUUUCACUCAGUGAGUUGUGACUAGAGUUUGUGAAUAGAGUUUGCUCAGUGGUAGAGCAUAUGCUUUGUAUGCAGAAGGUUCCACGUUCUUGUCCCUGUUUUGUUAUUUUACUUGCUAUCAAGUCAGCUUAGAGUUAGCAGCCCUAUGAAUGAGAGGCAUCCAUCAAUCCUAGUUAUGAAUGGCCCUGCUCAGGUCUUGCAAACCUGGCUUUCUUGAAUGAAUGAAUCCACCUGUAGUUUGGUCUUCCUCUUUUCUGAUGGCCUUCCACUUGAUCAUUCCUUAUCAUCUUUUCCAGGGAGUCAUGCCAACUCAUGAACUGUCCAAAAUGCAAUAGCCUCAGUUUAGUCACCUUAGCUUCCGAGGUAGAGUUCAGCCUUGAUUUUUUCUUGGACCAUUUAUUUCUCUCUUUAAUGGUCUAUGGCAUCUGCAGAAUGUUCCUCAAGUACCACAUUUCAAAUGAGUUGAUCCUUCUUGUCCAUUUUCUUCAAAUAUUUCAGUGUGGAUGAUCCUGAGUUUGGUAUUUAAUAUCUUCACACUUUAAUAUUUAAUAUCUUUACACUUGAAGAUUUUAUGUUGUUCCUUCAUAGUUGCUUUUCUAAAUCUCAGCUUUCUUCUGGUUUCUUGACUACAUUAUUGUAAUGAUUGAGUCAAGGUGUAGGGAAUCUUUUCACUACUUCAGUGUUUUCAUUGCCAACUUUCUUCCACUGAAAAGGAGCAGAUGCCUCUCUGCUUGAAAACCUUGAAGAGCUGCUUCCCAAAUAGAAGAUGCUGAGCUAGCUGAACAAGUAUCUAGCAAAAGUACUUUCCCGUGUUUCACCUUUCCUUUCUCCAUGGGAAGCUGUCACUUCUACCCUUUCUUUACACUGGUCCUUCAGUGAACUGUAUUUGAAGUUGCUUCUGCCUGCAGUCAUUUGGCUUCUCUUGCUUGGCUUUUGGCACUUUGCAGCGGAAAGUGCCUCACUUGAAUGAGCCCCCACCUGCUGGUAGCAUUUUAUUACCCAGCUGCAGCCACUAAGACUCCAACCUUGCCUGUUUACAGCCACAUGUACGCUUUCCUGCCAUGAGCCAAAGUGCUGAGUGUCAGGAUGUGAUAUUUUUUCUUAGCAAAGCAACAUCAAUUUGUAUGGUGGCAUUGCUUUUGCCUGCAUAAACAGCACCCCUGCCUCCCAAAAAGGAGCUCAGAAGGGCAAAAGGAAGCUAUCUUUCAUUAGACCCCCCCCAAGCCAAGCUUAUGACUGAAUGUUCAAGAAGAAAGCAACUGGAACCUUGGUCAUAAUAGUCAAGUUUUCAACAUUUCUGAAAGACUUCUGCCAUCAGACAUCUUAGAAGUAGGAACACAAAGUUAGCAGCAUCAAUACACUAGCAUUCAUGAGCUAUAAUGAAUUUGCUUAGGAUAAAUCAAGGCAGUUAAACUGUGUACAGCUUUGUUCCCAAAAUUUUGCUUCUUUGAAUUAUGAACAUGCACUGCCCAAAGCUCUAUCUUUCUUUAAUUACAGUAUUUUGCGCCAGUGGUCCUUGCUAGAUCUUCUUUGUUCUCUUAGUUGCUUCGUUUUUGAAACAGCUGUGUGCUACCUAGAAUCCUUUACUAUUGGAUGCAUUGGCUGUAUUAUGAGAUUUUCUUUACUGGAUGUGCAGCAUUUCUUAUCCCUUACCCUCUUCCUCUGGAGAAUACCAAGUUCUUUUGAGGCCUCCCCAAAUCUGGUCAUCUGCCAGCCUGAAAGGGAGGUGGCAGAGAUCUUGAGCCUGGUUUUGUGACACCUGUAACUUUCCCUCACCUCACUAGCCAGAAAGAAAGAACAUGAAUCUAAGAUUUGCACACCUGACUUAGUAACUAGACUGGGAUGAGGAACAUGUGGUCUUCCAGAUGAUGUUGGAAUGCAACUUGCAUGAACCAAUUCCUAUGCCCUGCGCUGGCUAAAGCUAGUUGCAGUUGCACUUCAACAUUAUCUGGAUGGCCACACAAUCCUCAUCCUUCAAUGGAGGAAUACCACGGAGUUGGAAAUGAGUUUCAGAAAAAGAUAUUCAGAAAUAAAUAUAUUUCUGGUCACUUGGAGGCUUUCUCCUUUUUGUCCCCUUCAUUUGGUACCCAAUUCAGGACCAACAAAAUUCAAUGAGCCAGUUCACUUGGGCACAAGCCAAUCCCUGCUUCACCAGCAAUAGCAAUAGGACUGUCCAGUGCCAGAACCAUGUCAUAAUGAGUCUCUGUGAAAUAAAUCUUCCCUACCAGUCUCCUUGUGCCAGGAAACAAUUUUGUCAAGCGACAUACUGAAACAAGUACGUUCUUACAGCUGAAACCUACAUGAAGCUUUUACUAACAGGCAGUUGUGCUUUAUACCUUGUUCUUUUCAUUUGAAGGUGGCAAAAAUGAACUUUUUGCUCUUCCAGAUUGUGCAGUUUUCUUCCUCCUAAGCUGUCAGGUUGCUACAACUUUCUGGCCCACCACAGUUCUCAGGGAUUUGCCCAAGAACCUAAUGUGAGAUUCAGGGGGUUCAGACUGUGUCAUUUUAAAAAAUAGUUCUUGGGCAAAGCAUACACACAGCACCUGCCAUUUUACUGCCAUGGCCAUUGCCAUUGCCAUAGCAUAUGGUUGUGAAAGUCACCUGUGAUGUGAAAGGUACACUUUGUUUUCUGAUUUCAUAAACAAUAGGGGUAGAGGAGGCAUCAUUUGCAAGAGCUAAAAAGUAUCCUUCAAAGUAAUUUUUCAAGAAUGUCCAUUACCAAAUUAUUUUUGCUUCUAUUACUAUGAAAAAAGAAUUGCUUCCGGGCCAUAUAUGUCUGUAUUUUAAUAUUCUGUACUGUGGAUGGCAUUUUCACUAAAUGUUGUUUUGCAUUUCCAAAAGUAUUCCUUGGUUGUAAUUAUUUGGGUUUAGAUGUUGCAGUUUUGAAUGUGUGACUCGCAGGAGCAGAAACAACCAUUACAAGGUAUGCAAUCCUGAAACAGAAAAGCCCCAGCAUUUGCCAGAACUAUUGGGCAGCCUGGAGGCAGUGUUUCUCCAGGGUUUUUGAAAGGUAACUUUUCCAUCCUAGGGAUUGCAUUUAAUAUUUUCUGAAUAUGCUCUGUCAUGGAGUUGUGGUUCUUCACAGCUGCCUCAAUAAAUUAAGGACCACUGUCUUACUGAGCAACACUAUGUGAAAGCUCUCUAGCCUUCAACUGUUUAUGCUACAGGCUAGUGGCACUUAACAGCCUAUAAUGGUUGAAUUCUGGUUACCCGGGCUAAUUCACAUGUGGCUUUCUGGGUGGAUGUAGAGCCCCAAUGCAAAUAGUUUCACACAAAAAAGAAAGGAAAAAAUCCAGGACAGUGGGUACUGUUAGAAAAUCUGUUGUGUAUUUUGAAUAAAAGCUGAUUUUCAGCAAAAGACAUAGGAGCUACUAUCAAAUUGAGUGUAUGUUAAGGCCCUCAGUAUUGUGUGGUGAGGCUGACAAUGAGGAAAACCAGCCAGGACUGAAUUUUUGGAGAGCUGACUGACCUGAUGCUUUUAUUUGUUGGAUUUAAAUCUCGCUUUUCUCCAAAACUGGGAUUCAAGAUGGCUUGAAUCCCAUUCUUCUCAGUCAAUUCACACAAAGGUUCAGAUGCCUAUGUGAGUUUCACUCUUGGAUGUUCAAGUUGUAGUUGUGGUUACUUUUGACCCACAAAAGCAGGUAAGUUAGCCCUAAGCCUUUCCUGGAUUAUUUGGAUAUCCAUUUUCUGGUCACUUCAGUUUCUGUAGCAAGUUCUGUUUGGGGCUGCUGGUAUGUUUCCAGACCCAGCUCAA